AUGGCUCAUCACGUGUCCCUUUCCGUCCGGAUGACCGUCCCCUAUGUGCCUACCUUUCUUGGCUACCGAGAAGUCGGUCCAUUCGAACAACUUGUGUCCAUGCUGAAGUCGGAAUGCCCUGAUCGUUUGCCGGACGUUUUCAUGAUUGAUGGCAACGGGACACUUCAUCCCCGAGGAUUUGGGUGCGCCUGCCAAUUCGGUCUUCAACUCGGCGUAUCCGCAAUGGGUGUGGCGAAGAAUCUUUUGGAAACGGAAGAACACCAUCCCGAUUCUGCCCGACUAAAGUCUAACGAAGGGUCAUUCUUGGAUCAGAGUCAAAUAAAUUGGAUCGGGGUUCAUCUUCCCAACUGCACUGGUAUUCUUCAUAACACUGGCUCUCACCAACAUCAUGGCUGCUGGCCAGACACCAUUUCAUUGUGUAGUGUUGAUACUCUGAAGCUAACAGCACACGCUGUACUCAAAUUGGUCACAAACUGA